AACUCUUUCUCUCUUUCUGCGUGGUCCGACUGGGCUCCUUGUUUCGUAUCCCACCUACUAGUCUCACCUACGAGGGCUCCGAGUCUCACCUUUACGCUCCUUCCUGUGUAUAAAGUCGACAACUUUUAGUGUUUCGUCGCAACUUUGUGGCGAGACAUGGGUCACCAGCAUAGCGUCCUACGCCGGCGUUCGAAUUCACGCCAUUCCGAGAAGAAACGUGGUGGACCGCCACAAGCUUCAGCAGAAGCAACACUGCCCCCUUCCCCUCCCCCUCCUCCCAACACCCUCGAUGUUUCUACCCACUUUGAGGCUGUCCAGCCUCCUUCGACGCUCGCCAGCUCGCAUAUAAAGCCGACCGCGUCUACCUCGACAGGAGUGAGCACUGGUGACACCCGGGCUCCGGCAGGUCCCGAGGACAAUUCCGGCUCGGUGGAUAACAGAAUGACAGGAACUGCGACGACGGUACCGUGUCAGUAUCGCACUGGCAAAACCCUGGGAAGCGGCACAUACGCUAUCGUAAAGGAGGCCGUCCAUAUCAAGACGGGCAAGUACUAUGCUUGCAAGGUCAUCAACAAGAAGCUCAUGCAGGGGCGGGAAUACAUGGUCCGCAAUGAGAUCGCAGUACUGAAGAAGGUCUCGAGCGGGCACCCGAAUAUCGUUACAUUGCGAGACUAUUUCGAGACAGCGCACAAUUUGUACCUGGUCUUCGACCUAUGUACAGGAGGGGAGUUAUUUGAUCGGAUAUGUGCAAAAGGCAGCUACUUCGAACAGGACGCCGCACAGCUAGUGCGAACAGUCAUGCGAGCAGUCAAGUACAUCCAUGACUGCGGUAUCGUCCACCGAGACCUGAAACCCGAAAACUUAUUGUUUCGAACACCCGCGGAGGAGGCGGAUAUUAUGAUCGCAGACUUCGGGCUGUCGCGAGUCAUGGAAGAGGAGAAGCUGCAGUUGCUCACCGAGAUCUGCGGGACGCCGGGCUACAUGGCGCCAGAGAUCUUCAAGAAAACCGGCCACAGCAAACCAGUGGACAUCUGGGCUAUGGGCGUGAUCACCUAUUUCCUGCUCUGCGGGUACACGCCGUUCGACCGGGACACGCAGCAGGAGGAGAUGGAGGCGAUUAUCGCGGGCGACUACAAGUUCGAGCCGGCGGAGUACUGGGCGAACGUGUCGGAGACGGCGAAGGAGUUCGUGCGCUACUGCCUGACGAUCGACCCGAAUGAGCGCCCGACGGCGGAGCAGGCGCUGCAACACCGCUGGCUCGCGGAUCUGGGCGAGCACUUUGUGCCCGACCCGACGAGCCCGAGCGGCGCGCCGACGAACUUGCUGCCAAAUAUCCAGAAGGCGUUCAAUGCGAAGAAGACUUUCCGGAAGGCGGUUCUGGGUAUGAUGGCGGUGAAGAGGAUGUCAAGUCUUGCGCACCCCGCGUCCCCCGCGCACCACGAGCUCCGCAACAACUUGCCCGCAUACAAGGAGGAGUCGGAAAAGGAAAUCGUGGACCAGGAUCAGGAGGUCCUGCAUCUGCACUCCGAGUCCCAGCCCGAGAUCGACAAGCUGAAGAAGGAGGACGACAUCUCGCAGGACAACGGCGACGCGCCAACCAAGGCGCUAUCCCACAUGUCCAUAUCCGAGGACAAGUAGGAGCACGAUGCCUCUUGGUCUUGGAUAUUGGGUGGAGGGACGUUUGGAUGGAAGGAAUGGAUUACUGUACGAUGGUGCCUAGGACUACAUGCUACUAAUCGUUCCCUUCCUUGCUAUUGCUAUUGUGUAGAACUAGCGGGCUUUGGCGUUUCAUUCAGUGCUGUGUGCCACAAGUCUGCCACAGAUGUUUCGAGCUUUAGCGUUUAGGCGCCCAUGCCGAUUGAAGCCACACGUGGUGUUUCGUUCCUGA